CAUAUCUUUGAAAAAAAAAAAAAUCUCGGCUAUUUAAUCAAUGAGAUCGAUACAUUUGAAGCGAGGAUAACAAUCGUUUUCUCCAUAGAGAAAUAGCGCGAAUAGCGUGAGAAAGUCUAAGCGUCAUUGUUGUACGAUUACAGCGCGAGCGAAGUCAGACUGUCGAGAGAAGUCAAGGAAAAAUUCCGUGCAUCGGCAAGUGACCAACACGUUUGCAACCGCGGCCGCGGUCGGUGUGAUUAUGCGAUUGCAAAAACGACAUCGCGAGUUUUUCGCUGAAUGCUGCGCACAAACGAGUGACUUCCAAUUCCAUUCGUGAUUCCGCGGCGAGCGCAGCAAAUUGUCGCGGCAAAGUCUGAGAUCCGGUAUAUCUAAACAUGGAGUUGACACGAUUACCUUCGACAUUGGCUUUGGCUUUGGCCCUGGCCUUCCUUUCGACGGUACAUCGUUGCGAUGCCACCUCAGAAAGUAUAAUCGGAAGCCGAGAGACUUGCGACAUCGAGGGAGAAGAUAUCACCGUCGAUAAGAUCCUGAACACAAGCUGCUUCCGCUGCAUUUGCAAGAAUGGAUUCGUGGAAUGUUUGAAACAACAGUGUCCGAACAUCGAAGGUUGCUACGCAUUGCUGGACCCGCGCGACGACGAGUGCUGCCACAAAUGCACAGGAUGCAUGCAGAACGGCGUAUAUCACGCAUCGGACACGGAAUGGACGGAAGAAAACGAUCCCUGUCUAAUAUUCACCUGUAAAGCGGGGGUCAUCACUGAAUCAAAACUACGAUGUUACACGCCCUGUUCUCAUCCGAAAGCGGCCCCAUCUGGCCAGUGUUGUCCUAUAUGCGAAGGUUGUUUAGUAAAUGGACAGAAGGUGACGGAGGAUAGGUCGGUGACAACGACGGAAGACCCCUGCGUGACCUGUAAAUGCAAUAAGGGACAUCUCACCUGUGCGAAGCAAGCCUGUCCGACGCUUAAUUGUCCUUCAACGAGGAUCGUCGAUGUAUCUGGGGAAUGCUGUCCACAUUGUCGAGGCAGUGCAAGAUUUUUCUCACCUCCGAAAGGCGCGUGCAUGCUCGGCACGCAUUUAUAUAACUCGGGUAGUGAAUUUUACGUGGAUCACUGUACGCGCUGCACCUGCGUCAAUUCGGCGAUCUCGUGCAUAAGGGAGACCUGUCCGGUACUGGAAUGUCCCAGGGAACAUCAGAUGAUCCUACUCAACCGCUGUUGCCCGCAAUGCUUGCUCGUCGAGGAGAGCAGGGCCUCUUGCUCUUAUGGUGGAAGAACUUAUGUGGAUGGCGAAAAUUGGAAGCUGGAUUCCUGCAAGACAUGUACCUGUAAACAGGGCAAAGUGCGCUGCGCAAUGCCUCAGUGUCCGCCGAUGAACUUUCGUUGCCCGCCAAAUUCUAAAUUGGAACAUCCGGAAGGCCAAUGCUGUCCGCGAUGCGUAGAGCGUGACGGAGUUUGCACAGUUUUUGGAGAUCCGCACUAUCGUACGUUCGACGGAAAAUUCUACAGCUUCAAGGGAGCGUGCAAGUACCAACUAGUUACCGAUUGUUUUUCUCACACAUUCAGCAUACGAGUAACCAAUGAUGCCAGGAAAACGAAAUUUUCAGCGUGGACCAAAACUAUCGCCAUAAAGAUCGGUGAUUUAAAAGUGAAUCUUGGUCAAAAAAUGAGAGUGAAAGUAAACGGGAAGAAAGUGGACGUCCCUUAUCGCGUUGCUAACCAACUGGACAUCAAUCGUACAGACGACAGUGUGAUUGUCAAUACGCGGAUCGGAAUCAAGGUUCAUUGGGAUGGUAUCAGUUUUCUCGAAGUGUCUGUGCCUUCGUCGUAUAGAGGUCAACUAUGUGGUCUUUGUGGUAACUUCAAUUCCCAAAUCAAAGAUGACUUUACUGCGCGACACGGACGAGUGGUUCAGGAUCCGCAGCAGUUUGGUCAAUCCUGGAUCGUGGGUGGUGCCAAAAAGACAUGCCCUCGAACGAAAGUUGGAAAUAACACCAGGCAGAGACGUUGUCGAGAAAGAAAAGAUCAGCGAUUAUGUAAUCGACUAAAGUCACAGAUUUUUUAUCCGUGCCACAAGAAGGUAAAUCCGGCGAUGUACUACAAAGCCUGCCUUCAAGAUAUGUGUGAGUGCCCGACCCAGCACUGCUAUUGCGAGUCCUUCGUGGCAUACGCGCACGAAUGUAAGCGUCUCGACAUCCCGCUGCCACACUGGCGGAAAGCCACGAGAUGUCGAACCGUUUGGGACCAGUCAAUAAGUUCGACGAAUUUGGCUCGCCGUUUACAUUAAUCGCGCACUUUGUCCACCGCCGCGUCUGGCCUCUAAAAACUCUAUCUCGCAAGACGUGCAGCGAGAACGGCCGUAUCAAACUUGAUAUACAUUCUGCAUGCAUUUAGAGAGAAAUCAACUCAAUAUAUGAUCCCAUUCCUCUUCUUCCUUUUUCCUUUCUAAGAUAACAUUUUAGUAUACGCGAAUAAUGAAGAAGAGACACGAUGCUGGAAGACAUCUAGAAUUAAUGUGCAUUUGUUCUGUACAUAGAACUACGUGACACUUCAAAAUACGUGCGUAAGAUAGUCAAAGAAAUAUAAAAUUUUUUCUGGAAUUCGAAAUCGGUUCCUAAAAUUGAAUUUUCUAUUAGAAGAAGAUGAAACUUCCGAUUAAAUACUCAGUAAGCGAAUAGCACAAAGAACAUGGCACUUUUCUUACUAGUUAUCCUACGACAUAUACUGCGAGGGAUUAAUGUGAAAUAAGUAUUCAUAAAUGCUUAUUUAUUCGUGGAGCAACGUAAUGCACGCGGCACUUAUAAGUCUGCCGUCUAUAAUGAGAAACGGCAAUAGACUGUUAAUGCGGUAGAAAAUGUUUCGCUGCUUGCGCUGCAAAUGUAAUACGAACGACUAUACGUAUAUUGACUGACAAGCCGUCGGAAUAAUCGUGGUAUUAUAUUACGACAAACGACGUAUGUAACUGUUAACAAUGAUGAAGCAUAAAAUAGUUGAAAAUUUUUUCUUGACUUUGCAAGCUACCAGCUUACGUCUCCUCUUCGACAUUCUUCGCGAUGUUAUCUUUCUAUUCCCAAGAGCUCCUUCUGUCUGCGAGAGCGCGCAGACCGGACGCGGCGGAGUGCUCGGCGAGAAUCUACUAGUCACCACUUCGUAUCAAUAUGCAUUAACGUGAAUUUUUUCAGUCAGACUCUGACUCGAGUGCCUCUAGUAGCGACUGUUCGUCGACGCGGAGCGGCGGCGAUUUCGCGCUCUUUCGUACGGAAAUCUCACGUGGGUCACAGCAGCACAAGUACACGUCAGCAGCCAUGACGUCCGGAACAUGGAUCUCACAUGUGUGUAUGUGUGCGUCACGAUUUCACGCGAAAUCCCGUAGAUCCGAGAGGAAGCAUUGCGAGUCAAGCUAGAGUCGUGCAAAUAUCGGAAAAUGGAUAAUCUUGUGUCGCACAGAGUGAAGCACAAAAAAUAAAACUAAUAUUUAGCUCUAA